CCAUGCCAGCCCCCGAGCAGCUGUGCUAGCUGUGGCUUCUGCCAAAGGUGUCACCCGGGGCGCGCGCGGACACUGCCGCACACCUCCGCUGCGCGUCUCGUCCUCAGGGCCGCCUGCUAUGUGCGUCCGCCGCGCGCCACUGCUGCUCGUCGUGGUGCUCACCGCGGUCCUGGUGCGCGGUGUGAGCCCGACCUCGCGCCACAAGCGCUACCUGCACUUCCCCUACGGCAGCACCCUCCGAGUGGCGCUCUCCUCCAAGUGGUCCACGCUCUUUGACUGGUCGAACUCACCGGCGUUCUGGACGGAGAGCUUCAACUGGGGCCUGACGUACGACCUCCCCAACGGCACGCAGCUCCUGGGACCCGCCGGCUUCUCAGCGCGCAGGGACCGCAGGGACCUGUACCGGCGCCUGGAGACGGCCAUCGACUCGACGGGACUGGUGGGCAGGGAUUGCAUCUUGAGGUCUAUCUGUGAGGCACCGAAGUUUCUCGCUCCCGGGGACAACGUCUUUGCAGAGAUUUUGCGCGUUUUCCUGAGGUACCCCGCUGACGGAGGCCGGACCGGGCCUUACGACUCGGCGCAGCACGCCGCGACGAAGGGCUUCGACUGUGAACGGCUGUUCCGCGACUGCCCAGUGUCCGUCCUCGGCCUGCUGCUGUCCUUGCGCCCGUCGUGACGCCUGCCAGGUGGCUGAUUCACCCCGUCCUGCCAAAGAUGAUGACUCGCCUGCUGGCCGUGGCGGCCAUCUUUGCGUGCUGGGGCGUCAUCGCCCUGGCCGGCGGGCCCGGGCGAGCCCUGUCGCGUCACCGGCGCUACCUCACCUUUCCGGAGGGCGCCACGUUCAACCUGGCGUUAUGCAUGUCCAACAAGGCCCGCUUCUUGGCCGACACGAGCAUCUUCACGGAGGGCGUGGCCUGGGGCUGCUCCUACGACCUGCCCAACAACACGCAGGCUCUCGCCUCGGCCGGCGCGGGGGUCGAGCCCGGCGCCCUACUCCGCCGCAAGGACCGCACGAAUCUGUACCGCCGCGUGGAGCGCGCCGUGGACUCCACCGGGCUGGACGGGCACCUCUGCAUGCUCAGGGCCGUGUGCGAGGCGGAGAACAUGCUUAGCCCCCGGACCCAUCUCGUCAUGGAGAUGCUGCGCAUCGCGCUGACGAUGCCACUGGAUCACGUGUCGGAAAAAGAGCCGCAUCACCACCGGGACUACAUCAUGGCAAGGCACAACGGCCUGCACGGGGUGGACUGCAGCGCAGUGUAUCCAGAAUGCCCGAUCUCGUUACUCGCUUUAGCAACAUCGCUUGUACCAUCAUCAAUGUAAAAAAAUAAAUAAGAAACAAAAACC